AUGAUGAAUUAUAGAACCGCUAUUUACCCGAUUACUUGUUUUGAUUUUGACGGGCAAGGGCGCGUGUGUAACGUACCUAGAGGGCUAUUCUUCAUUCCAAACCUUAGUUUGGAUUCUACAAUAUAUUCUUUUCAACUUUUUCCUUUUUUUUGUAAAAGCAUACACACUUUCCGUUGUGUAACUUACAUA